UCCUGUGCAGGAUGAGGACUUAAACCAACAAGGACCAAAAAAACAAAAACGAAAAAAAAAAGCGUCGCUUCAGCUGCUCCAUCUCCUUUUUUAAAAUCCAGUUUUAAAGCUAAUUCAUCCGGACUGAGUGAAAAUGCAGCAGCCUGAAAUUCAGCAGACAGCAACGGCAGAAAUACUGGACCCAGCAGUUAACUAUCAGCAGCGGAGGAAAACGGCUCUGUGGAUGACGGUGUGCCUGCUGGGUCUGAGUCUGGUGGUGCUGGCUGUGGGUCUGAUCUCUGCCACUCGCACCGACAACGUGCCUGUUGCUGGAUAUUACUCCGGGAUCACCCUGAGUUUUGGAGCUGUUCUGGGUAUUGUUGGCAUCCACCUGCUGGAGAACCGCAAACCCAUGCUCGUGGCAUCGAUCAUAUUCAUCAGUUUGGGGGUCGUCGCCUCUUUCUUCUGUGCCAUCGUGGACGGGAUCAUCGCCUCAAAGUUCAUCGACACGAGGCCCUUGCUUGAGGACAUGUGUGACUUUUACAGCAGUGGGGCGGGCUACGCCUACGACAGCUACUACACUGAGGUUUCGUGCCGUUCGUUUGACAAAACGUGCAAGCUGAAACUGAGGAGCAACACCUGCUACUGCUGCUACCUGUACAACUGUGACAGCCAAGAGUACCACACUAAGUACUACGGGUUCACCGGGGUCAGCAGCUGCUGGGACGUGAUCCACCUGCACCGUCUGCUGUGGGCCUCAGUGGUGCUCAACGUGAUCGGCUUGUUCCUGGGGAUCACCACCGCCGCCAUCCUCGGAGCGUACAAGGACAUGCAAAAGCCGACACCCCCACUGGCUCCCAGCCCCGCUCCGCCGCCCCACAUGCUGUACAACCCGACCCAGCACAUGCUCACCUACGCUGGCUUCUACCCGUCAGGACAGAGUCUGCCUGCCUACCCCAACUAUCCAAUACCAAUGCAGCAUAACGGCAGCUAUCAGCCAUCUGCUGCUCCCCAGAUGCUCCCUGAAGGAGGUCCAGCUCCCAACUCAUUCCUGUCUGAGGAGAACCAGAGCCAGCAGCCCUCUCAGGCUCCCAACCAGCCACCGCCUCAGGGAGCCAACCAGGAACCAGGGGGCUACGUGCUGACACCCAACGCUCCCAGCCUCUACGGAUCGGCCUACGAGAAACCGCCACCGUACGCCUGCUGA